UAGCGGUGUUUUCUGAUUUAGGUGUUUCUUGAUAUCAAGUUACAUACAUUGACGUUCACCAUUGGUCUGUGCCAGUUUCUGGUCCGUUGGGGACAACUGUAGCGUUGUAGCCAACCCUAACUAUUUUGCUAACCUUAACCUCUCCUAACCUGCCACAUUAGUUAACGCUGCUAUGUUAACGAAUCAUCUGUCAAGAAACCAUCAGUCUCAUAACACCAGAAAUAACCAAUUUAACUUGGCCCAGGUGCCCCGUUAGGCGUGUUUUACACAGGGUGAAAGUUGAUUGCAUUCAUUUUGGAACCUAGCUGCAUCACAGGCAUGAGCCCGAUGCUCGUUCAAAGCCCUGGGCGAAGUUGGCGCAAAAGAAAAGUGACAUAAUUAAGCACGAGGAGUAAUGAUUAAGAUUCUGUUUUCACAUGCAAAAGUGAUUGAUUUAGAUGAAGCGUUUUUUUAUAUUUUUAUCUGCCUUCCCAAUGAAUAUUAGUUUGAAAUUAAAACAUAAUAUUUUAUGGGAAAGAGAUGCAUGUUUCUGGACGAUGUACAAUGCUGCUUUGUUGACAACAUGACCAAGCAGCGUCAACAUGACCAAGCAGCGUCAACAUGACCUCAAACGCUUUUGGUGCCUCGCGAUUCAAGCAUAAUCGGAUCCGCCCAAAGGCAGAUAUCGAUGAGCGAAACGCCCGGAAUUACGGUCUGCAAUUAUAGCACAUUGUUUGCGCGCGCCCAUGGAGAAUGUCAUGCGCGUGAGAUUUCUGCAAUAACUCCGGUACAAGUUGCAAGUGAGCAUCUAUACAACAAACUAUCCAGCGCUCCAAACACUCACCGUCGGAACUCAAACUAAACUGCAACUUAUAUGACCAUGGAUUCAAAGACGAAUAGAGUGGAAAGCAUUUCUGCCCGAGUGGAUGCUGCUGGGUCUUCAACUGACAGCGUGGAAGAUGAGUUGGAGCUGUCGGCCGUCCGCCAUCGCCCCGAGGGUCUGGAGCAACUGGAGGCUUUGACCCGCUUCAACCGCAAGGAGCUGCAGAUCCUCUACCGAGGCUUCAAGAACGAGUGCCCUAGUGGUGUGGUCAACGAAGACACCUUCAAAGACAUCUACUCCCAGUUCUUUCCACAGGGAGACGCUUCGACAUAUGCACAUUUUCUGUUCAACGCGUUUGACACAGAUAAAGAUGGAUCUGUGAGUUUUGAGGACUUUGUAAUGGGCCUCUCUAUCCUGCUCCGAGGCUCAGUCCAGGAGAAGCUCAACUGGGCCUUUAAUCUGUAUGAUAUUAAUAAGGAUGGCUAUAUUACUAAGGAGGAAAUGCUUGACAUCAUGAAGGCCAUCUAUGACAUGAUGGGGAAAUGCACAUAUCCCCUACUCAAAGACGAUACGCCUCGGCAACACGUGGAGAUAUUUUUUCAGAAGAUGGAUAAAAACAAGGAUGGAGUUGUAACCAUGGAUGAGUUUAUUGACUGCUGCCAAAAUGAUGAGAACAUCAUGAGAUCGAUGCAGCUCUUUGAUAACGUCAUUUAACUUGUGGCUGACGUGGAGAGCUCUGGACCGGACUAUCGACAGACGCUAUUCUAUCAACUGUACGCUGUUCAGACAAACAUAAGGAAGUAUUGUCACACGGCAAAUGCAGUAUAGAUGUAACGGUAUGAAACAUUCUGGAAUAACUGCAAAAAAAGCAUUGAUGUUUUCCAAUCUUACCUUUUCAAUUUGAGUUUUGUGGUUUGAUUGAGUAAAUUGAACUCUUCAAACCUGUGUACAAAGAUCUUAACAGCUGCGCCGCAGUCAGUAUUUAUCUGCAGUACAGGAAACCCAGCUGUGUUAGAUUUUGCCACUGACUUUGAACAGAUGGACAACAAUGAGUUUGAAAGGUGAGCGGUUUUCCACCCACCAUGGUCCAUCCUUUGCUCUCCCAGGACCCAGAUAAAAUGUAGACUUAACAUUGUACCAUUUCAAAAAUAUAUAUGUAUAUACUAUCUGAGGACUGUUCAACUUUGUUCAUGUUUACUUGCCAACUAGAAUGAGACAAUGCACUCCACAUUGCAUUUGAUGAGUCUGGACAGUAAUCCUUAGAAGCACACAGGUUGGUAUUACUUACCUUGGGUCUACGCAUAGGAGAAAUGAUCAUCUUGUCACAAGAUUAUGCUGCUUCUAAAUGUAUUUUGUGACCCUACAUGUGUGUAUUUCCCUGUUUUGAGAUGUUUCCUGUCGACAUGUUUCCAUUCAUGUUUCGAAUCACUAUUUUGUGGUAUGUUUGAUUUUAUUUAUAUAAUAUGGUAGUCAGUGUACAAAGGGAUAGUCAGAUGUUCAGUAUUAAGCAGAAGCUAACUCUUGGGGUGAAUUUACGGUCUUCUUGGGUAUGUAAUGUAUAUUGAUCACUGUCUUAUAAAGAGGUUCACUGGGAUGAAGUUAUACAAGCAAAUCUGAUCUCUGUCACCUUUAGUUUUGUAAAUAUAUAUCCCUGUCCAGAAACAACCCCUAGCCCCAACUUUCUAGGCGAUUGCAGAGAUAUGGGAGGAUUGGACAGGUGUAAUCAAUAUGGCGAUAAUUCCACUCGGCCUGUCAGAAGGCAAGGUGGAGUUAUAACCUACUUCACUUUGUAUCUAUCCAUACCUUUCAAGCCUUGUUUACACUGCAGGCCUUCACACUGCUCAAAUCAUUUUUGUUUUUAAAAUCCAUUUUGGAACAUUGACUGUCUAAACAGUAGGUUACAAGUGACCAAAUCGGAUUUGUGUGUUCAGACAGCAGUCAUUUGCUGGUUGUCAUAGUAAUGACGGGUGUGUGCACAGUGGUGUAGGCUGAUUGGUGGUGGUGCUCGUGCUUCUCAGAAGUUAUGUGGCAAGUUAAGGGGACAACAAUGUCUGCCAUGGAAGUUUUCCAGUUGCUUUGAAUGUUCAAAAACUUUUAAGGAUAAGAUGAUCCAAGGAUAAGAUUAUCCAACUUUCAAAACAAGUGGUAGCUGUUUAGCUUUCACUAAUGUGUUUAAACAAACUAGUUACCUACUACAUGUUCUUGUUAAACUGGCAACAAGCUAGCAAGCAACAAUAUAUGCCAACUAAGUCUAAAAACCACAUGAGGGAAAUCAGAUUUGACCGUUCAACCCAAUUAGAAUGGCCAGGAAUCAAACCACCUACAAGUGUAUUAAGGGUCUAGAUUGUGUUGCUGGAUAGAGGUUGCUUCUGGAUGAGGUCUGUGUUUUCUUUCCUCUUGUUUGGGGCAUGUGUCCAGGUUCUUUGCAUAAUGAAGACUGAUUGGCCGUGGAUGUCUCUGAUUAGAGCCCUGAUAGGCCCCAAAUGUCGGCAAGCACAGAGCAAGCUGGGCAGCAGAUGGGGCCUCACCCUCCCCAAUCUCACUCACAGGUGGUUCCAAAAACCCUGCUAUUUAGUCCUCAUCUAUCUAAAAGGUUGGUACGAGCAAGGUAGUAUCUGCACUAUUUUGUGCAAUUCAUUUUUCUUGCCUUAACUGGCAAUUCCUUAUGUAUCCAUUGGAAUAUGUUCUGAUGUCCAUAUGAUUAAGUAAAGUCUAGGACAAUAACUUGUUUGUGUACCUAACUUGAUCUUAUUUGACCAAUGAUUUUGUUCAGCUGGCUAAUUAUCUCCUAAACAUAUGGGUCAAGUUAAGUAGGGCACAGAAAAGCCUGCAAUGAAAAACAAGUUCAGGUAUAGCUUCUACAAAUCCAAGAGUGGAAGACUCCUCUCUAACAUGAAGGCUCACUUUUUGUGAACAGUCCCAUCACAAGUCAGAAUGUUGAAUAAACUUCAUUUGAACGUA